AUGAGGAACUUCCGCAUCUCUGAACUGUAUCUGUCUUACUCUUGGGCCGAGCAGAAUUGGGACGAGGAGUCUCCCGCCUACGGGGAGGGCGCUGGUCUCUACGUUGGCGGCGGAUCCGGCUUUCAGCAGUCUCGGCAUGGCUGCCUCAACGGCCCAUCCGUCGCGGCCGUCGUGCCUGAUGUGGCCUGUGCCGUCCAAAUCAACACUUGGCCACGCUCAGCGGUCUCGUUCCAAAACGGAAGCCCCCACUUCCUUGGUUUGACGUGCCCCCGCAACGGAGCUCCAAUAGUGCACUACUCUUCAGCGGCUUGCCGGGCAGCUCUCGGUGACGCCCGCGACGCCCUCAAGGCGAUACCAGCAAGCCGCCUCCACCCAUACACGAGUGCAAAGAAGGGGUCCUUGUCAUUUCUUGUGACGGGCGCAUCGAUCUCCAACGGGCACACGGAUUGGUGCGCAAGUGUCGGUGCGGAAGGUACGAAGCACGCGUCUCCGAGGCCUCUGCAAGCUCUCCAUUCGCCCACAGCUGACCAUGGCGACGCGCGAGCGACCCGUCCCUGUGGCUUCCUGUUUAGAGGUCAUCGACUCGUUCACCAGGCUGGCAGGUUCUUCCUCGCUGCCACGAGUCGCUCGCUGCAGCGCUCAAGUCGACAAUGCCAUCCACAGGGACGCCCGGAAGCACCGCGGUGGGCUCCGUCGCGCGGCCCUCCAUUGCUGGCUAGCGCUGCUUCCGCCUCAGACUGGGUCAGAGCGGACCGCUUCCCCCGCUUCGGAAGUGGCUGCGGACGGCAGAGGCUGCCCUGGCCUCCCGCGGGCAUCCACGACCGCGGACGUGGCAUUGCCACACGCCAGUUGUCCGCUGGGCGGAGCUCCGUGAGCGACGACGCUCGCGGCGCCGCCGAGGGACACCGCCUGACGCCGCCGUGGCUUCGUGAGCGGAGGCGCCGUCCGGUCCGGAUGAGCGGUGAACCGCGCGACGUACAAGACGGCAACAAAGAGGCUACCGCCUCUUUUCCAGGCUUUCGAGGGCCGCUGGGGACUCCAGCUGGCGCGACGCGUGACUGCGCUGGCCAGUGGAGUGUGCGUGCCCUCCAUGGUGUCACCCGACUGGAAGAUAUGUGGAGCCUUCUGCAGCAACACAAUCUGCAUCGGCUCUCUGGCGUCGAACUCGCAAAUAUCCUCCUGCGGCUCUUCGCGCUUUCAAGCUCAACCGCCGACAACGGCCGCGGAGAUAUGUCCGAUGCCAGGGACGCGGAGCACGGCGAGAUUCAACUCCAAGACGUGGAGGCUGCUCCACAUUCCAGGAAGACUGCCCCGUGGGACAGACACAACCAGAGAGGGCGCCCGGAAGCGAGGUUGACCCGCCUUCGGGAGGAGAUGAAGAGACAUCCAAUUUUCAAGGACAUUCUCUCCAUACUUCCGAACAAGGCUGGUUCGCUCUCGGCAUCCUUGUCAGUCGCGCUCCUCCACGCUCUCGCUGGAUUCGGCCUUCGUCCGUCGACGGCCUUGCUUCGCCGAGCUGCCGACACUAUUACCCGUCGCGCUCUUUUACCCAUGCUAGGCCCUUCGGCCGCGAGCGCUGCAGAACGGAAGACGCCUCGGCAGCGCGUUGAGGAGCGCGAAGCGCUAACCGCUGCAGAACUGAGCCAGCUGUGGGCCGCAUGCGAGACGCUGGUCCCGCUUCGCCGCGAACAGCUGUUUCCAGCUCUCGUGGAGCUGACCGUCCGCCAGUUCAGCGCGUUGGCCACGCGCUGGGAGACGCUGGCCAGCGGACGGCGCCUCGCGGACUCCAUCGACGCAGAGAAAGGCACGAGCAAAGAUCGCCAGGCCCAGCUAUAUGAUUGUGUAUCCGGUCGCGAGAAUCGAGAAGAGGCCCAAGUUGGUGGUGCCCAUGCACACAGAACUCCAGACGCAUUGUCUUGGUCCAAACACCGGCUAGACAGUCCUGGCGGCCUCGCACACCGCCGAAGCGACUGGGCUGAGUUGAGCCGGCACCUGGGGUUUGUCGCGGCCGUGGCCAGAGCGGCAGCUGGAAUCAAACUCGGCAUAUACCACGACUCAUUUGUCCAGGCUCUCGAACGAGUCGUUACUGCAGUCCUACGGCAAGGGCUUCAUCUGGCGAGCGCACCGCCCGCGUCACAGCCGCGUGACAGCCCUGAUGCUAGCGCCUCUGAGUCUUUCAACGGUCGAGAACGCGCGCCAAGGGCGAAACCCUCAAGAGGUUCGCGCAGACAUUUGGUGGCACCCUCGUGCAGUGCCUUCACGAGAGAUGGAAGCAGCCACAGACCUUGGAUAGCCGUGGAUGUCGCAACAAUUCUGGCGCGACUUGUGUAUUCGCUGACGAAGCUGAAGCAAAACCACGACCAGCAACCGUGCGUGGGAGACUCACAGAUGUGGUCCGGUAGACCGCGUGGCUUGCCGAAUGCGACGGGUUGCGGACUUCUCACACCUACCGAAGAUACAGCGGGUCGCGAGACAACCGAGCAGCAUGAAGCCACCCGAAAUGAUUCAGAUGUCGCAGCCUUGCCGCCCCACCAUCGUCGCCCCCGAGUGGAAUCCGCCUCGCAGUGGAACGAUGGUGGAGAUCGGUGUGUGGGCUCAUCCACCGACACAGAAGGGCUCCUAGAGAACUUUCUCGCUUUCUUCGCCAUAGCCGCAGAGAGAGUGCUCCCGGUGCAUUCACAGUUACCCCAGCUGCUGGGCGCCACGGCAUUCCUCGUGGAGGAACGAGUUGAAAAGAUGCAGCAAGUGUUAAGUGCGUGGACACGAACCCCGGAUGCUGGCGGACAGCCACGACGCCUGCCGGACAAUCACAUGUUUGUAGAGUCAGGAGGCCAAGAUGCUAGGAGUUUUGAGGAGGCGCAGCGCUGCGGCUCGGACUGUGAUGCUGCCCCAGAGUUUUGGUCAAUGAGAUCGAUUGCGGAGAAUCUGUCUUGUUUGCUUUCGGUCGCCACGCAGGCGAUACGCCGCGAAGCUAGCCGCAUGCACAGUUUGCCGAAUACUGUGAAUCUGCUCAUCGCGCUUGACUCCUUGGAAGUCAGCAGAUCUCGGCUCGUGGCGCUCAACAGCGGCUCGGAGUCCGCCGGCGAUUGUGAGCAGAUGAACAGAUUUCCACUCACCACGUUUGCGGGUUCGAGGCGCUCGCCGGCUGAGGAACGGAACGCGGACGUCGAGUCCGUCCUUCAGCAACUCGCCACCAGGAUCCAUGUCCAGCUCAGCGCACUGAAGAUCCCGAGCGGUAGCACUGAACACUCCGAUCCUGAGAUGGAGCAGCACGUUGACCGCAAGGGAGCCGGUCGCGGAGCCUCGAGCUGUGGAUCGCUCGAUCAGCUCCCUCCGGAGGCUUCUCUUGCAGUCAAACACGUGCAUCUCCUGGAAAACUGCAGCAGCUUGGUGCGCCUGCUGCUUCGCUUAAACCGGCGUGAUACUGCGGAGCUGGCCGCGAACCGUGUUCAGGGAAUUAUCGGACGCAGCAGUGCCAGGUUGCGCGGCCAGCCUCUGGCCUUUGACACGAGGGAAGGGCUGUGCACUAUGCACGCAGGUGUCGAGGCUGGACGGUCACUUGCAGAUACGGAUGUGCAGGGACCGAAGGUUGGUCACCUGGCUGGCGGCGGCGGCGGCUCGGAGUGGCUCGCUAGCGUCCAAGCAGAAGCCACGAGAAAGCUCCAAGAGCUCCAGUUCAGUAGGGAAUUUCGUCGGCAGAUCCAGUGGGCUGAUAGCGUUGAAGAGGUUCUGUCCGUCGUGGAUUCAGCCACAAGCGGCUGCGGACGCAUGUUGACAGAUACGCGGCCAUCGCAGGCGUCCCUUCGGGCGGGAGACAGGGGGAUUCCUAGGCCAACGCCUGACCUUGGCACCGAUGAAUUAGGUAUACCUUACCUGGAUUCGUUGUCGCUCAGCUCGGCACUGCACCGGCUGGCCGUUGUGAAGAACUGGGGCGGUGUCGAUCCUGCAGGGAGCUCUGGCCUUGCCGGGGCAACCCCCAGGCCCCGGGCUGGGCAAGGGUCGGUGCGGAGCGCGACUUCUCAGCGCGCCGAGGACGAGGUGCGCGCACACAGUACUCGGCUGUGGCAUGACCGGAGAAUGCACAAGCUGCUUGUGACCGUGUUUGCCCAGCUGCCGUCCAUGGAUCACCAGGCAAGCCGAAUCCUUUGGGCUUUCGAAAAGCUCGAGUUUUUUGAGCCGUCCGUUUUUGCUUCGCUGAUCAAGUCUUCUACGGCAUCGAAGGGACCCGCCUUCAUGACUGGCGCUGGCCGGACGACUGAGAUGGAGAUUCCGCCUGACGGUGUGCCGACGCCGCCGUCUCCGCUGGAAGGGGGGAGCACACACCGACCUGCCACCGGCGCGCCGGCGUACUGGACAGCUUCCAUGCAACAGCAACUGCCUGUCCGGCUCUUUUCACGUCUAUCGGAACUGGCGGCUGCUCAGGAGAUGGACGGUACUCAACUCGCAUCCGCACUUCGGGUGGUCGCCAACAUCAAGGCCCGCGGCUUCUUCAGCGCCCCGUGUCAGGCAACCGGUGACAUAGUGGGCAUGUCCGCACUCGCUACUGCGCCGGGAGUCACCGCCUCAAGCGUGGAUACCCUGGAAACAGAGGCCGUUUCCAGAAGCGCAGCUGCCUCGUGGCCUGCGGGCGCGUCCUCUGUGGAGUGUGAAUCGAACCUCCGCGAUAGCUUCCGCAGGCGUUUGCUGCUCGUGGCUCCGUCGCUGAGCGCGUUGGACGCCAGCACUGCUCUAUUCUCCCUCGCUUCUCUCGGCUGGUAUUCGGAGGGCUCAGGAGACGCACCGUCAUGCCUCCCGGGCGAAGUUGGCGAAGCACAAGACGGCGUUGCACAAACGAGCGCAGGCGGUGACGCUGUCGUCGGUGCUGUCCUUCGACGCUUGCGAAUGGAGAUUUCUAAAUGCAAUGCACAAGCGUUCACAAACGCUAUCUGGGCGGUGGCUGUGAUGGCGAGCUGCCGCCGCAGGCGAAAGGAUCAGCGGCAGCUGAAGAAUCGAUGUUCCGAGCAUGCCUUGAUCGGUGAACCACUUGGCAGCGCACAAGGAGGCCUAGAUUCACUGGCUCCUGGAGACGACGCAACUGGCGCAGAGUGGCGCCACUUUCAUCGUCAGACUGAGAACGGGGACUUUCUCACAGGGCUCACUGCUGCACACGACACAGAUGAUCUUGCUGUGUACACAGAGCCAGUCGCUCUGACUCUGGAGGAAAAAUUGUUCCUUGACACAGUUCGGCAACGGCUGAGCGCCCAGGUGCCUAUGCUAGACAAGGAGGCGCUGAGUAUGCUGCUGCUCGCGGGUCUCAUGCUUCGGUGGCAAGAGCCGGAAUUGCUCUUGGCUGCUGUGCGGCGUGCACUCGUCUUGCUUCGCCACGCGCAGGUGCGGCGCCGGGACGCGCAGCAUAUUAAACGCGAGAGAGGCGGAAAGGAGCAUCGGCGAAGUGCUGAAGACUCUCCAGGCAGCCAGCCUUCUUUCCUGGCCUCAGCUGGCGUACCGUCGGCUCUUUUGGAACCAACCGCGGCUGCCGAAGAGCUGCAAAGCGGCCAUGAGAAUAGUCGCGGAACAGGGGAACUGCACAGCCGUGUUUGGGCAAUUCUUGCGAUGCUCGCACAACAGUCGCUGAAUCAGUGUGGUGGCGUGAGUGAGGUCUCAGGGGGCGGUGGGGAAAGAGCCGAAAUUUCGACGCGGGCGAUUGCGGGAAUUCAAAGUGGCGAUGCCCAUGUGACGUCUGCUGCGCCGGCGCAUUCUCCCCAGGGGAAUCGAUCUCCAGGCAAGGCAGGAACGCUACGGCGGAUGUACUGCCCUACGCUUUCUGUUGUCGAGAGGGAAGCGAUAGGUGUUUUGAAAGCAGACUUGGAGCUAGUGCUCCGUCGCACCGGGUGGCCGCCGCCGAAGGACUACUGGAGAGCGCGGCACGCCCAGUCCAUCCUGCUUUCCCUCAUGACCAUGCAGAGAGACCGGGUGAGGCUUCCCGAGCUUGCCGCCGCAGAUUCCGCACGUUUCUCGCGGCCGAGUGAAUCUGCGCGGCAGCAGCCGCCUGCCGGGAUCGUGGGCGACGCCCUGCUGGAGCCCUCGCCGGUAGAGCAUUCAGCGCUGUUAUCCCUGCUUGAGACGUUUGUGGCUCGGUCUGUGGAACAUGCAAACACGGAGCUCACGGGUCCGAAAGAAACAGGAUCUCGUAGCGCAUCUCCGCUCUCGCGAACGGAGCCAGGGAACGCCGCUGGAGAGCGACCAACUGUCGCGCGACAGCGGCAGCUUGUGCAUCGCUGGGUGAAACGUCUCAGCUUGCUUCUGUUCGCACUCCGUAGUCUGCGACGAACAGUGCCCACCGCAGCGGAGGACUGGGUUGGCCGGCUGAGCUGCACCGGCCCUCACGGGGAUCGACGCGAACCGGAGGCGACUUCGUUAAGUCUCGAGUUUUCACAUCCACUGAGCGGACAGAAACGCGGCGGUGCGGAUGAGGUGUCUAAAGCGCGUGACGCGGACGAGGCUGUGGCAGCGCAGCAAAGACUUGUAGGUGAGAAGAUGCCGUUUGACGGCUGUCCCGGCUCCAGCGGGCCUACUGCCCGCGAGCCUGUGACUGUAACCGUGCACGGUGGAGUGCUAGAAGCAAUCAUCGAGAUGGCUGCAAGUGUACUACAAAGCGGGUUUGCCUCCCCCAGUCAUCCGCAGUUCCCAACUCUCCUCUUGGAGCUACACGCGUUUCUUUCUGCCUGGGACCAGCACGCGAUCUCGCGGGGGGUGCGUCUCGGACGACACCCGCAUGUAGAGGAAAAUGCAGCGGAACUACAAGAGGAUAAAUGGACGCAACCUGAUUCUUGCCUGACGCCAGGGCUUUCGCCCUCCAAGGAGAAUGCCAGCUCUUUCGCAGCAGGGACGACGCUGGCCGGUGGCGGAGGCUGCCGCUCUGUCGCUCCGCCGGACGCUGCGGCAGACGAGCGAGCUGCCAGCGUUCCUCCGGCUGCUGCCGAAAGACUCAGGGCCUUGCUGCGGCGGCGACUGAGGCCCGCAUUGUUGACGUGGCUGGUCGAGAAUGUCCACGAGGUCAGCGACCAGAUGUAUAACCGCCUGCUACCCAUGCUUGAGCUGCUUGGAGCCAAGGAAGAGUUGCUCAAAGCGCUCAAUGAUGUGGCACUCCAGGGUAGCUCUCUGAACACAGCUCAUGGCCACCAUGCGGCAAAAGUGGAAACUCCGAGUGUGAGAGAAAAGCCGGAUGAAGACACGGGAACCUUGAAAAUUUGCGAUGGAGCCGACAUCAAGCUCGCUCUACGGAAAUCCCGUGCAGCCCUCCUGUCCCUUCUUCUGCACCAUCGCGAGCGGCUAACAUUUCAGCCGCCAUCACUCUUGUCCUCGCUUCUUCGCGCAGCUUUUCCUGUCUCUCUGAUUCCACAUUUUUCGCCAGCCGAUCUGGCCCAUGGCCUAACAGCGUUGCAGCGCCUCAAGGCUGCAGCUGAGUCGCCCGAGGAUGCCGCUGUCGCAGCGUUUCUGGCCUCCGCUAUCCAAGGCACGAGCAGCGUGCAUGUGCCUGACCACUCCUCUAAGCCUUGCCAGGCCGCUCGCUCCGCGCACACGGGGCUCGAUUCUGAUGACAAGCCAGGCGCCAAGACCAGCGGUAACGACAAGGGUUACCGCGUUCCUCCAGGCAUAGACGACCGCUCAGCUGAGGCGCGCUGGGCGCGGAUGAUCAUUGAGGAUGUCCCACUUCAGCUCAUUGCGCUGCUGGGUCGCACGAAUGAGCAUUCGCAUCCGGAAAGAACUAAAAGUGACCCGAGCGACACUGCUUGCCUACGCGUCCUUCCCGUGUCAGGAGCGCUUGAGCACCGCGACGCUCGAACACGUGUCGCAGAUUUCAAAGGAGAAGUCGCCACUAUCGGAGGAGCCGACUCUACCGAGUGGCGCGACGGCUGUCACUUGCAAGGUGACAGCAUUGCAGACGACCCCAGCGGCAGCGCAGUACUGGGAUCGCAACCAGAACCUGAGGCACCAGCGGCGGACGACGCGGAGGCGUGUGAGCGACCCCAUCGAAGCACUCACGGCGCGGAGAACGGGGCUCCUGCGCGAACUGGUUGGGACAUGUUGGGUUCGCAGCAGCUAGCCCAUGCCGGUACCGCAGCUGCGCAGUUGCUUGGGUUACCUUCGGCGGCUCCAUUCUGGGUUCGGAUGCUUGAACGAAGAAUACAGCCCAAAACCGGAGGAGGUGACACAGAGGCCCCCCUACGGGGUGGCAACUCAACAACUUGUCCAGAGUUCAGCGGCGCGUCACACGAGUCUUCUUCCACGCAUGGUGAUAUCGGAUCCUCUCUACCGAAUGCUGAAUCGACUGCCAAAUCCCAGGCAGAGAGCGCAGCAAUUUCGCUUCUGGCUCCGGCGGCGGCCGCAAUGACGCGCUAUUUGCUGUCGACAGGGCCGUCAGCAACGAGCAGCUCCACAGCUUCCAUUUGGACUGCUGACCAGGUUGGCAAGUCUGAGGGAGGAACUGUGUCUCCCACGGCGAGCCCGCGAGGCGGCGCGAAUGACGCGCCCGCGUCAGCGUCGCCAGGUGCGGAUGCACUUCGCAGGGCGCAGUCUACUAAGUUUUCUGCUUACAGAGGGCGCAUUGGCGAACCCAACGCGCCUCCUUCGCGACCUAAGGCGCGAGUGAAGCCUUUGUCGUCGAAAGCGGUGCGCGCGCUCGUGCGCGAGAAGGGCGAUCGGCUUAGCGUUGCAGGGGCUUUGCGACUGCUUGGCGGUGGCGCUGAGAGUCACAUCGUUGCACACGCUCUCGCGCAAGACGCAGUGGUGCUGGCGGAUGCCAUGCAGAUGCUGCAGGGUUCGCAGCCGGCGGGACAGCAGGGCGCUGGCGCUGAUGAGGAUGACAGUGCGAAACAGACUCUCGCUGCGAAAGAUGGCAACUACGAACAGAGAGGGGAAUGUAGCGAACCUCGGGGGGCAUCGGGUAGAUCGCCAGGCCCGUCACUUAGAGUGGAGGGCACAGCAAAGCUUCGGCGGGGCGCCUCACGCCCCCUGCAUAUUGACGAGACGCCCCUCUUACCUGGAAGUAAUGUGCAGCAGGAUCCAGGCAACGAUGAGAAAAACGUCAUUCGUUUGUCGCCGGCGCCAGAUGGUGCUGGCGGGGGGCAGGUGUCUGGCAGAGGUGACGCACUAAAAACAGCGGAAUGGGAAACGCCUCAAAGUGAGUUGUUGUUACAGCUCCAGGAGCUUGGCGCGUCAUACUUCCUCGAGCUUGUGGAGCAGCUUGCCGUCAUAAGUCAGCACCGGCUCGCAACUGUCUUUCAGCGCUCUUUGAAUCCGGUGCUUGCCGUAGCCGGUGAUGGACGUCCCCCGUCGACAGUGGCAAAGGAUGAUUCCAGCCUUGAACUGGAUCACCGGCGGACUCCGUGGAAGCCGCCGCCCCAUGUCAGGGGGGUCAUUUCUGAUCUACAUGUGGCCCUGACGCGACUGCUACUAACGAUGUCGGGCUCGCAAAGCUUGCCUCUCGAUGCCGCGGCGUCGCUUGUAGGCCCUGUAAUAUCCCUGCUUGGGGACGACGGCUGGAGCGGUGUCCUCAGCGAUGCCACACCAGGGGACUCAAUAGAGCACUGCCAUGACAAUGGUCAUGCGAGACCAGCUCCCCCAAAUGAACCGCCAGACGGAGAGCCGCCAGGCAGAGACGACCUGCGACAAAGGCGCCGUCGGAGGGGAAGGCCCAACAUCGCGAGAGAGGGUGACACACACAGAUCCUCGGAGGACGACCGCUGUGCGACGGCGUCACGGCCCAAUGGGCGGCUGCACAUGCGAGGCGCGGGAGAUAUCCGCAGCGACUCCGCUGCGCCGCUGGAUCCCGCUAGCCGAGAGCUGAAGCGUGCGGCUGCAUCGUUCUUGGAGCGCAUGCUUCCACUCGUCCAGGAGUGGUUGCCGCGCCUGGGCGGGCACCGCGGUGCCACUCUGCUUCAUUUGCUGUGGGGCAGCAGCGGAAAAGGCGAGUCGGUCCCCCCCUUCAGAGACACGAGCGUGGUAAAGGGCAGUGAGGAAUCCACUUUCACCUUUCAAGGUGAUGAUGAUGAAUUCGGUGGGCGCACAAUCACUGGUACCGCGAACCACGAAAUUGGACAACUUUCAGGGGCGACAGCGAAGCAAGCAGCGUCGAAAAUGGUUCAGCGUUUGUCCUCAAGCGAGCCGGGCCUGCGACAGGAAAGCGAGGCGCCGCUUCGCAUGUGCGCAAGGCCGCAAAUAAGCACGGACGUUUACUCGCCGGGCGCAUGGCAAGCGCCUGUGUGCAGGGGUGCCCUCCUCCACAGCUUGCAGCAAGGUGCAUUGCGGACUGUGCGGAGUCUCAGCCCGGGUGCUCUUGCACGACUGUGGGAGGCUUUCGCGUUGCAGGCACACGCGGCGGGUCACUUGCCGGCGCCCAGCGCUGAUUUGAAUUCGGAGGGGAUGUCGUUGGGGCUUCGGCGCAUCGUCAGGGCUGUGACGGACAAGCUUGUGUCACUCGCACGAUGCACAGCACACGGCGAAACGCCUGGCAACGCCGCGUGCCCUGGUAGCAUGCAGACAACCCGCAACGUUCACAACGGAGAGCAACGCCAGCGGCUCGAUGGUAAGGAGUCAGAGCAUCAAGCUAGCGGCUCCGGGAAGGAAGAUUCUGCAGGUUUCUCUGAGUGCCAAUGGCUCGCAGGAGCUGUUGCUGCAGCAGGGUCUGGAUUGCUUGGCAGUGAAGAGCAACAACGCAUAGCGACGGCUGCUGCCCGUGCUACGCCUGGCAGCGCCGCGUAUUUCUCACUGCUGGCUUUCAUUGCCAACUCAAAGAGCGUCCCUCCUGCGGCCACAUCUGCUCUGGUGCACGAGCUUCUCACCAACGCCCAACUUCUGAUGGGUCAACACAAGAAUUCCACGAGGGGUUCUCUGGCUGACGUCAAACCGGGCAGGACGUUUUUUGCUGGGGCCGGCGGAGGUGUAAUCGGGCAUGCCGAGUCAAAAAGCAGCCUAGACACUGCAGGUGAAGCCCUUGCGCACGCGCGGAGCAAGGAGGGAGGAAGAUUAAAACGUACACGUGCAAAGCUGUCACACGAGCUGUCUGCCGGCAACGGUAGAGACCCCGCCUCGCCAGGUCACUGCCUUGAAAGAAACGACGGCCCGGGAAGCGCUCUCCUGUGUCAAAAAGACGUCACCUCCCCGGUAACCCCUUCGUCCACUGGCGCCGCCUUUGCCUUGAGUGAACGCGCAUCAACUGAAAACCCUGAAGGCGAGAGACAGCUACUUGAGCCAGAUGUAGCGACGGCCGGGUGGUUGCUUUGGACUGCAACGCAGAUUCACCAGCGUUCCCUUGAAUAUUCGGCAGAUCGUCGACAGCCGGCGGGGACAGCGGACGAGCGUGGAAGAGAGAAAUACAGCGCCAGUAGGCCUUUUGGAGCAGUUUCGAUGCGCGCAGUCUACGGAGCAUCUGGCCGCUUGGAUAGCGUUCUGCAGUCUUAUCUGCAAGUGCUACUGGGAGAACUCGCGCAGUACAGGGUGCACCGCGCCAAGGAGAAUGAGGAGUCGCCGCCUCAGCAAGGGUCGCACAAGCUUUCAGGCUGCUGCAGAAGACCGUCCCAGCUGUACUCGCAGCUGAUUGUCUCUCUUGAUAUUGUAGCGCGGAUACGGCAGUCCUUUGGCCAGCCUGAAAGCUCAGGCGGAUAUAUCUUGGGAGGCCUGCCGAGGCACCCUGCCAUACCCGACCUCCUAGACGGUCUGACAAGUCUGACUAAUGACCGUGCGUCCGACAUGAGCACGAGUUUACCCAGCGACUUCAUACCAGGCGCUUCUCGCCCUUCUGCGACAAUGCCUCGUGACGCAACGCCUUGCGUUUCCCACCGCUCAACUCCGCAAUACUCUUCUCUCAACGCGCUUGCAUACGUCCUCCAUCUAAGUCGCCAGGCUCGGUUUUUCUAUCCGCCGUUGGUCGAGGCAGUCGCGAACGCAGUCGCCUCCCACCGUCGUACUCGGCUGCCGGCAGAGCGAGCUGCGAGCCUCGACUCGGGAGAGAGACAUGAGGAACCGUUGCAAAUGCGGGGAAAGGAAGCAGCGAGGCGCGCGCAUCUGGAAAAGGAUUGGCAGGCACUGCUUCUUCUCGCCGAUGCGGCAGUCCAUCAACCCCAGGCAGCGCUUGCAACACUUAGACGCGAGCUUUUACUUCUCCUUGAUGACGGGCAUACCAUACAAACUCUGCCGCUUCAACACAUCGUUCGCGUUCUUCGCUUUGCCCUUACCGCCCGCGACCCAGCAGGCUCGACAGAGCCAGCCGAAGCUACGCACAUGAUGGCUAGCGCUGACCUGGCGACUCCGGCGGCCGGGACGGCCCUCCUGUCGGUCCAGUCUGUUGGUGUAACAAAUUGCAAAUCCCGGUCUCGUGUUGCUGACCAAUCGCGAGAGGAUAUCGUUAUGGCAAGUGUAGCUGCUCGCUGCGUGAAGGAGGGCGCCCCGCUUCUCAGAGAGUUGAAAGAUGGCCGAGAACGGGGGUCAUUUUCGCAAGCGUUGAUGGAGUUAGAAAAGCAAGGCUACGCUGUCCUGGGUCUUAUCGACACCAUUAACAAGGUCCGCCUUCUGCAUAUGCUGAGUCGCCGAGCGAGACAGGAGGGACAGUCCAACCGCGGCACUGACCGCCGACGGCGCCUCUCUUCAAACGCACUGAGUACUUCUCUUGAGGCCGGUGCGGGUUCCCUUGAGGAACCCGAGAACCGACCCCCAUCGACAACGCCCAACGAGGCUACGAGUAACCGGAUAAAGGACCCAUUCGCUCCGUUGGUCUGCGAGGAGCCUUUGCUUGAGUCAGAGCAGGAUGGGAGGCGUUCGUCGACGGCAGCGCUCGCGGCAGGUGGCAUUGCAGAGACUUUACGUAUUCUCCAGAACGAGGGUCCCGAAUGGCCACGAUUGCUCCGUGCGGCAGGGCGUCACUUUCUCAGCAAAGGGUCUUCAGGAUUCCAUCAAACCAUAAGUACCGUGCUGGCGCACGGCUUGGGAGUUGCUCACGAGAACGAGGCGUGGACGCCUGAGGGCCUCUCCUUGGAUAUCACGCUUACUGCGGAGGCUCAAGACGGACGACCUGUAGCUGUUGAAGUUGACGGCCCGACUCACUUCACGGAAAUCCUAAGGGGGGCAGCGCCGGUGGGGGACGCCCCAGAAACGUUUUUCUCAGUCGAUGGCAAUUUGCUUGCAAGUUACAGUGAAGCCCGUCACCAAUGCAAUAACUCCAACAUGAAAGAACCCGGAGCAUCGCCUUGCACUCCAACUGACCAAACAGUGUCUUCGGGGAGAACUACGCGAGAACACGGCGAGGAUAAUCACGCGACAACACCACGUGCCACAGGCGAGAUCUACGGGCGACAGUACGUGCCUACAGCCUUGACGCAGUUCAAGCGUCAGCUUUUGCAGGCAACCGGGUGGCACGUAGUUUCCAUACCGUUCUUCGAAUGGCAACCAUCACAAGGCGUGUCAGAGUCGGAUGGAAGCCAGUCGCAGUCGCCGAUGAGGGGGCGUGUGGAGCACACUCCGUCCCCUCAGCUUCUCCUCUUGAGGCGCAAGUUGGCGGAUGCUGCGCCUGGCCUCAGUAUGUCGCCAGCCACCCGGACGACCCCGCAAACCGCUCCCUCGCAAUCUCAUGCGAGGCAAAUGCGCGCUCGCAACGUGGACACGCUCUUGCGCGUGCACAUGCAUGCGCCACGCCAGUCGCUGCCUGCCGCCGAGGGAAACAUCGAUGAAGUCGAUGCUGGAAAGAGGGGAGGCGCGCGACCCACGGAUUCGAAACAGCCCACAGGGCUGAAACCUGGUCGCCGCUCCACGGGAAAGAAGGUCCUGCAUGCGGGACGGAUGAAGGACGCCGUCCCAAGCGUACGCGCCGAAGGCAAAAGUGGACCCAGUUCGGAAGCGGGUAAACAGAGCGUCCCGUCGACGUCGGAACAGGGACUUGAGGAUAGUGACCGUAUGCCACAAACUCGUCCAGUCGUCGAUACAACUACCAAAAGCCGGAAGCGAUUGCGGGAGCGACCGGUUGAGACGGCCGAAAGGUUAUGA